UUUAGGUAUCUAGCUGGCAAAUUCAGAUAGCUUUAGGACUUUAUGUCUAUCUUUGUAUUCCGUGUAAACUCUAGAUAGAAAGAAUGCCUACUGUCUUUGAGGCAGUUUUUGCUAUACCUUCCUAUUCACUGGACACUACUUGUUUUGGGGGAUGUAAUGUGCAAAAUUUUUCUUUGAUCAAUUUGGGCAUGUGGAAAUUUUCUUUCCUUCUGUUUGUGUUUGAGCCUUUGAGGUGACUAGUCCUUCUGGUUUAGCAUUUAGGAGACCACAGUCCCCAUGCUCAACUUUUCUCUUUGUUGCCAGAAUAUGUAGCUCCCACCUUCAUGGUUAGAGAGGAUGGGUGCUCUUGAGUGGAAUAAAGUGGUCCAUCAUCAUCAAGGAUGGAGGCUUAUCACUUGUAUAUGGUUGCAUUCUGGUGUUAUUCAUCUACUUGCACGUUCAAUGAGUUUUAUUUUUGUUGGCAAACACGUUGAGCAACAGUAUGGCUUUGUUCGUACUGGAAUCAUAUACCUAUUGUCAGGAGUUGGCGGGAGCAUACUUGCCUCCUUAUUUAUUCGGGGGAGCAUCUCCGUCGGUGCAUCUGGGGCUCUUUUUGGCUUUCUUGGAGCUAAGCUUUCAGAGCUUAUUACAAAUUGGACAAGUCACACCGACAAGGUUGGUGCACUGUUCACUAUGUUCCUGAUAGUUGUCAUCAACGUAGCAAUUGGAAUCCUGCCUCACGUUGGUAAUUUUGCUCAUAUCGGUGGAUUCAUGACUGGAUUUCUCCUUGGGUUUGUUCUGCUCCCGCCUCCUCAGCUAGAAAGUUUGAAUCUUCCAGUUGCUGUUCAUGUCUACUCCAAAUACAAGGCUGAUCAAAAUUUGCUUAGACUGCUUGCUCUGAUUCUUCUGGUUACAGGGAGGUCACGGGUUCGAGUCGUGGAAAUAGCCUCUUGCAGAAAUGCAAGGUUUACAGUAGGAUUGGUAAUGGUAUUUCGAGGAGUGAAUGCAUAUGAUCACUGUCAUUGGUGUCACUACCUUAAGUGUGUUCCCACCUCUAUGUGGAAGUGUGAUGGAACUUAGAGGUGAUUGCAGAAAAUUGGUUUCAAGAAUUUCCCAGUUUGGCCGGUAAAGCAGUCAGUUGUUUAUUGUUUGUUUUAUCACUUUUUUUUCCUUUUACUAAUAGAAAUCUAGAUUUAUUUCGUUGCUAUGAGACUAUAUAAUGUCUUUGUCUCUCCACGGAAAUAGGCAACUUUCAUUAGAUGGAAAAUUAUUUAAAUAUUCUUGCAUUUUCGCGACUUCCCUUUUGUUUUUCUGAACUUACAUAUUACUCCUGAGUCUUGAGAGGAAUAGAAGAAAAGAAGUGAAAUAAAAGUACAUCAACGGUGUGAUGUUGCCCGGACUUGGACGAACCAGUAUGCGUUAAGGCUGAUCUGAUAACCAACUACAACACUGCAGGUGAUAUUUGAAAUCAAAGGACUAAGGACAUCUCCCUAUAGCGCAAGGCAAACAUGAAAUAAACUACAACAUUAACAAGGGGCAAACUCAAAUUAUUGCUUGUAAAACUCCGACAUUAUUACUUUUCCAUUGGAUGGCAGCUGCUAGCGUGCCAGGCUUUCACCUCCAAUCAGUUUGCUGCAGAAUAAAAGAACAAUCAGUCAGCAGCUAAGUUACUCGGACUCUUCGAAAGUGUUGCUGCACCCGUGUCGGAUCCUUCAAAAAUACACUACUUUUGAAGGAUCGGACACGCACCCGAUGACAUUUUAGGAGAGUCCGAAUAACUUAGGUCAGCAGUACUUGGAAUGUUUAUAUACUAUGUCACUGGAGCUGCAAAAUAAUGAAUGUCUUCACUUUCAUCUUU